AUGCUAUUUCCAGCGCUAAGAAUCCACUUCGUGCCAAUCGAUCAUUUCACCUCCCAAGCAACAUAUGAACUGAACCUCAAGGGGACAAUCCGAUCAAUCCUCACUCGAGCACAGAACAAGAUUUCCGAUUUUGCAUCCGAGAAAUAUCCAGACAACUUCAUUCCUGGGGCCUUUUCAUCCUGCGACUACUUCCUUGACGUCACCUUAAAUCCCAAACUCCACAAGAGCACUCAGCCGGGCAAGCUAUUUGUUGUGAAUGAACGGCGUAAAUUCACUUGCGAGGCCCAGCCCAAUGUUGAACAAUCUCACCCGACUCGGCAAGAACGAUCUUUCCACGUCUUGGUGAUUUCUCCAGCAAUGUUUGGGGAAAACAGGAUCCCAUAUGAUGAUGUAGCCAAGCUGAUUCAACUUUGGCAAACCACGGGUAUCCGAACGCUUUCUGGGGUGAUAUGCAAGGAAUGCACAACUUCCAAGCCAGCCAAUACGAAACCAGUUCCAAAGAAGAAGAUCAAUUCUGAUAUCGAUCUUUUCACCGAAAACAUUUCCACACCCAACGGCCUCCAUCGUUUAUAUGAUACAUCGAUUCUCAAGUUUGACCAAGCCAAGCCACCCCUUCACCUGCAUUUCCACAUGAAUGCUAUGGCCAUCGGCAAUGUUGCUGACCAGAACAACUUCUUGGACCAAACCAACUGGCCUUUCAAAAUUACCGUCGGUGGAAGCAACUACACUCUCUUUGCUCGUGGUUACUGGGCGAAUUCACACUACUGGGCCAAAGCUCUGCGGACUUCGGGAGGCAUCACUGGGAUCUGGUUGCAUAAUGAUAUGGAAAACGAUGGCUACACUCGCUUAAUCAGCAGUGUCCCAAGCUCACUUGCUGGCCCUGACCCUUCAACAAGCUGGGUCAUCUAUUCCCGAACUUGGACCACCUUGGAACACGACUAUAGCUUGAAAAACAUCCUCUCAAGCGCUUCUGAAUCUGGUACACCUCUAGCCAUUCCUCCGUCCAAAAAGCCACCCAUCCCAGAUGAAGAAUUUGAAGAGGACCAAAAAUCCUUGUCGCCACCCCAGGACAACUUUGACAAUUUCGCAGUGUUCGAAUCGGACUUGGCUGGUCUUCACGAAGAAGAAACCAGCCUCACUCAGCUUCCAAUUCCAAAGAAUGCAAACCCAAAGGACACAUUUAAGAAAACCCAAACCAAAUUGAAGAAAAACGAAACAAAGAAAAUGAGAUUCAAGAAACUAGUGGCUGCAACAAGAUCACUAGGACCAGCUGAACCAAAGAAAAAAGGGCGAUGUAAACCCAAGAAAGUCGGUACCACAAAAUCCAAUACGGUCAAGAUACCUGCCGAGAUACCUGCCGAGAUACCUGCCGAAAUACCUGCCAAGAUACCUGCCAAGAUGCCUGCCAAAAUACCUGCCGAGAUGCCUGCCGAAAUACCUGCCAAGAUGCCUGCCAAGAUGCCUGCCGAAAUACCUGCCGAGAUACCUGCCGAGAUACCUGCCGAAAUACCUGCCAAGAUACCUGCCAAGAUGCCUGCCAAAAUACCUGCCGAGAUGCCUGCCGAAAUACCUGCCAAGAUGCCUGCCAAGAUGCCUGCCGAAAUACCUGCCGAGAUGCCUGCCGAGAUGCCUGCCGAAAUACCUGUCGAGAUGCCUGCCGAGAUGCCUGCCGAGAUGCCUGCCGAGAUGCCUGCCAAGAUGCCUGCCAAAAUGCCUGCCGAGAUGCCUGCCACAACUGUUGAGAGACCCUCUCAGACCGCUGAGAAGCCAAAACUGACGUUCCGAUUGCGGCUCAUCCCACCUACUCAACCUCCGGCCCAAAAUUCAGCCAAUGGGCAAACAACCCUGACCGACCCCUCUGGCGUACAGGAGGUUGCCAACAAUGGGAGUCAGAAGAUACGUAGAUCCACUAGAGCAAAGAAAUCAACUCAGUAG